GGGUCAGGCGCGUGGCGCGCAGAGCUGCAGACACCCGCUGGGCUGCAGAAGCCCCGGGAGCGACGCCCCGCGCGCCGCAGUCUGCAACAGCCGGGCUUCUGCCCUCUGCCGGCGCCUGGCUUCCUGCUCCUAGCCUCGGGCACCAUGGACACCUCCCGCGUCGGCGUGCUCCUGUCCCUGCCGGUGCUGCUGCAGCUGGCUGCCGGGGGCGGCUCGCCAAGGCCCGGCGCGCUACCGCGGGGCUGCCCCGCGCACUGUCAGUGCGAGCCGGACGGCAGGAUGCUGCUCAGGGUGGACUGCUCCGACCUGGGGCUCGCGGAGCUGCCCUCCAACCUCAGCGUCUUCACCGCCUACCUAGACCUCAGUAUGAACAACAUCAGUCAGCUGCCCCUGAGUGCCCUGCACAACCUCCGCUUCCUCGAAGAGUUACGUCUUGCUGGAAACGCUUUGACAUACAUUCCCAAGGGAGCAUUCGCUGGCCUUUACAGUCUUAAAGUCCUUAUGCUGCAGAAUAAUCAGCUGAGACAGGUACCCACAGAAGCUCUGCAGAAUUUGCGAAGCCUUCAAUCCCUGCGUCUGGAUGCCAACCACAUCAGCUAUGUGCCACCCAGCUGCUUCAGUGGCCUGCAUUCUCUGAGGCACCUGUGGCUGGAUGACAACGCUUUGACGGAAAUCCCUGUCCAGGCUUUCAGAAGUUUAUCAGCAUUGCAAGCCAUGACCUUGGCCCUGAACAAAAUACACCACAUACCAGAUUAUGCCUUUGGAAACCUCUCCAGCUUGGUAGUUCUGCAUCUCCAUAACAAUAGAAUUCACUCCCUGGGAAAGAAAUGCUUUGAUGGGCUCCACAGCCUAGAGACUCUAGAUUUAAAUUACAAUAACCUUGAUGAAUUUCCCAUUGCAAUCAGGACACUCGCCAACCUUAAGGAACUAGGAUUUCAUAGCAACCAUAUCAGGUCAAUACCUGAGAAAGCAUUUGCAGGCAACCCUUCUCUUAUUACAAUACAUUUUUAUGACAACCCUCUUCAGUUUGUUGGAAGAUCUGCUUUUCAACAUUUACCUGAACUAAGAACACUGACUUUGAAUGGUGCUUCACAAAUAACUGAAUUUCCUGACUUAACUGGAACUGCAAGCCUGGAGAGUCUGACUUUAACUGGAGCACAAAUCUCAUCUCUUCCUCAAACCAUCUGUGAUCAGUUACCUAAUCUCCAAGUGCUGGAUCUGUCUUACAACCUAGUAGAAGACUUGCCCAGCUUUUCAGCUUGCCAAAAGCUUCAGAAAAUUGACCUCAGACAUAAUGAAAUCUAUGAAGUUAAAGUGGAUACUUUCCAGCACUUGCUUAGCCUCCGGUCUCUGAAUUUAGCUUGGAAUAAAAUUGACAUUAUUCACCCCAAUGCAUUUGCUACUUUGCCAUCUCUGGUAAAGCUGGACCUAUCAUCCAACCUUCUGUCAUCUUUUCCUGUAACUGGGUUACAUGGUUUAACUCACUUAAAAUUAACAGGAAACCAUGCCUUACAGAGCUUGAUAUCAUCUGAAAACUUUCCAGAACUCAAGGUUAUAGAAAUGCCUUAUGCUUACCAGUGCUGUGCAUUUGGAGUAUGUGAGAACAUCUAUAAAAUUGCUAAUCAGUGGAAUAAAGGUGAUAACAGCAGUGUGGACUACUUUCAUAAGAAAGAUGCUGGAAUGUUUCAAGUUCAAGAUGAGCGUGAUCUUGAAGAUUUCCUGCUCGACUUUGAAGAAGACCUGAAAGCCCUUCACUCCGUGCAGUGUUCACCUUCCCCAGGUCCCUUCAAGCCCUGUGACCACCUGUUCGGCAGUUGGCUGAUCAGAAUCGGAGUGUGGACCAUAGCAGUUCUGGCACUGUCUUGUAAUGCCGUGGUGACCUCAACGGUGUUCAGAUCCUCUCUGUACAUUUCCUCCAUAAAACUGUUAAUUGGAAUCAUCGCAGUGGCGAACAUGCUCAUGGGAGUCUCCAGCACUGUACUGGCUGGCGUGGAUGCUUUCACUUUUGGCAGCUUUGCACAACAUGGUGCAUGGUGGGAGAAUGGCUUUGGUUGCCAAGUCAUUGGUUUUUUGUCCAUUUUUGCUUCCGAAUCAUCUGUUUUCCUGCUUACUUUGGCAGCCCUGGAGCGUGGGUUCUCUGUAAAGUGUUCUACAAAAUUUGAAAUGAAAACUCCUUUCUGUACCCUGAAAGCAAUCAUUUUGCUCUGUGUUGUGCUGGCUCUGACCAUUGCCUUGAUUCCCCUGCUGGGUGGCAGUGAGUACAGUGCCUCUCCACUCUGCCUGCCCCUGCCUUUUGGAGAGCCGAGCACCACAGGCUACAUGGUAGCUCUGGUUUUGCUCAACUCUCUUUGUUUCCUCAUCAUGACCAUUGCCUACACCAAGCUCUACUGUAAUUUGGAGAAAGGAGACCUAGAGAAUAUUUGGGAUUGUUCCAUGGUGAAACACAUUGCUCUGUUGCUCUUCACCAACUGUAUCCUUUACUGCCCUGUGGCUUUCUUGUCUUUCUCCUCUUUACUAAAUCUCACAUUUAUCAGUCCUGACAUAAUUAAGUUUAUCCUUCUAGUGAUUGUCCCACUUCCUGCUUGUCUCAAUCCUCUUCUCUACAUUCUCUUCAAUCCCCAUUUUAAGGAGGACCUUGGAAGUAUGGGAAAGCAAAGCCACUUUUGGAUGAAAUCAAAACACCCAAGCCUGACGUCUAUUAAUUCUGAUGAUGUCGAGAAACAAUCCUGUGACUCAACCCAAGCCUUGGUAACCUUUACUAGUGCUAGCAUAGCCUACGACCUGCCUUCUAAUUCUGGGACUUCACCAGCCUAUCCGAUGACUGAAAGCUGUCAUCUUUCAUCUGUGGCAUUUGUCCCAUGUCUCUAAUUAACAUGUGAAGGGAAAGGUUUUCAAAUACCAGGAACCUGAACAUGUGGGGUUGAGGACGUCAGAGCAGUAGCUAAGAUGACUGAGUUGAAACUAGCUUAAACAGUCAAAAUAUCUCUCUCAAUGUGAAAAAGCUGGUACCUAUUGAUACUUGAGAGUGAAAUAUAAAUUUAAACGCUGCUUGUGUAAUUCAUUCAGCUAACACACAGAUCAGUCACAUUAUUUAUGUCCCCCGUAUCCAAAACACAUACUGAAAUUUUCUACAAACAAGAUUCUUCCUGACUUUAAUUCAUUUUCCCUAAGCUCACCAAUGUAAUCAUUUAGGGUGGGAGAAUUCACUUCAAAAAUGGGUUUACUUGGGGCUGGGGAUUUAGCUCAGCGGCAUAAGCGCCUGCCUUGCAAGCAGGCAGUUGUGAGUUCGAUCCCCGGUACCAAUAAAACAAAAAAGACCAAGAAAAAAAAAAUGGGUAUACUUAAACCAUCAAAUUUCUUAAAAGAUGGUUAGUUAAAAAGAUAUAGGUUUUAAAUGGCCUGCAUUACUACGUAAAGGUUGUGACCCAUGAGAUUUCAUUUUAGUGACCAAGCAGAGAUGUUUUAGUCUUCUAUUGCUUUUCCCUGGAAAGAAUGCAUUCAAGCCACCAUGUCUUUCAUAGGUAAUGAAUGUAAGACAUCAUUAACUCAUUCAUAUUCACAUCAUUUUUAGAGAUACCAUAUUUUAUGAUUCAACACUCAGUAGUCCCAUGUUCUCCUCCCUCCAGGGAAUAAAAUGGGCUACAAAUAUCUUGAAAGGAAAAUUAAUAGAAAUUCCUAAGUUGCUACUAAGGCAAUCAUGUACUGGUGAACUUUGUCUUGUCUCAUUCAUUUUUAACUCUUUUUCUGUCCAAAGCUUAGAAAGAAAGUUCAUUGCUGGCAGUGAACAUAACCUAGAAAAGAUAAUAAUGUGGGAUAUUCUAUUCCUAAGUGCACAUCUUUGCAAGAAGUUUUAACUCAAAUUCAUGUGCAUGUUAAAAUAAUGAUCAGAUACAGGUAUGACAUAAAUUAAGUCCACUGAUGUAACUUCUCAAACAUAUAUCUCUAGAAUUUUAGCAACUAUGUCUGACACCACUUUGGACUCAGCAGGAUUUGGUAACAUACUAUCCUGUUUAUUUAGCUUAGUUUCAGCCAUGUUCUUUCUGAAUGUACCACUUGAUAUGAGGAAUAUUACUUCUCUGCUUAUUCCAUAGUAAUACAUGUGUUAGAUAUUUUUAAAAACAAAUUAUCAAAUAUGAAGAGUCAAAAGAUUUAUUUCUUAACUUCUACUACCCUACAUUAGCUUCAUUACACCCAAACAAAAAGGUUGGUAGGUAGAUUUAUUUUUGUAUAAGCAUGUUUAUUUUGAUCAAAUGUUUUAACUCUGAAUUGAAAAAAUACAUUUAUGAGAUGUUUUAUAAGAUGUGUAAAUAUAGAACUGUAUUUAUUACAGUAAAGAUUCAGUAACAUUAAAGAUAAUAAACUAUGUACAGUGGCAUAGACUUCCAUAUAUAUUGUGUUUUUCUGCCCAUUUCCUUUAAAUGCAUUAACUGUAUACGUGUAAAUAUAUAGUUCUUGUAAAUAAGUUCCAAAUCUGCUUUUCUACUGGAUACAAAAUAAAUUUGUAAUAAAAUGUAUGACUAUAAAACAAAAUACUUUCAAGUCUAUUUAUUGAACCCACAAGCAGAUAUAUAGUCUCCUAAUGAAAAUUUUUGGUGUUUAAGUACAUGUGCUAUGGGAGUAUUGGCACUCUGAUACUUUACAUUUAUUGGACUUAUAUUAAGAAAUAAAUCCUUCACAAGAAUAAAUCAAA